AUGGCGUCCAAGACGACAGCCCCCUUCGGGGACUGGGAAUCACCUAUCUCAUUGGACUCUAUAGUAUCCAAGACAAGAUCACUCUCGGCACCACGAGUUAAUCUCGAAUCGGGAAGGGCCUUCUACGCCGAAAGUCGCGAAGAUGGGAGCACGACGAUUGUCGAGAUCCUCAAGAAUGGAAGAAAAGAGGUUCUUCCGGCAGAGUAUAAUGCCAAGAACUCUGUUUAUGAGUAUGGAGGCUCACCAUAUGCCGUUCUACCGGAUGAUCGCAUCAUAUUUUCCAACGAAGACAACACUGUUCAUAUUGUCGACCCUGAUAGCAUGAAAUGUUUCAAACUGGCUGGAGGCCCAAAGCUGAGAUACUCUAACUUUGAGGCAAAUCCGAAGUCUGACUGGGUGGUCGCCAACCAGGAGGACCACGAGCACGAUACCCCCGAUGGCGUUCGCAAUUACAUCGUGGCGAUCAAUACUCGAACAAAAGACACAGUGAAGAGGAUACUCGAUACUGCUGAUUUCUACUACGAGCCUUCAUUUAGUCCCGAUGGAUCAAAGCUUGCAUGGCUGGAGUGGAACCAUCCCGAGCUGCCUUUUGACGCAGCGAGACUUUAUACUGCAACAUGGCACGUCCAGGGUUCUAUAUCUGACAUUCGUCUCAUCGCAGGUAAGGACCGUGAAGGAGUCGCAGAGCCUAGAUGGGGUCCAGAUGGGUCCCUGUUCUUUGGCAAAGAGGUUGGUAAUUACCGUCGCUUGUUUCAUAUCUUUCCAGGCAGCGAUGAGCAGCAGGAAGUGAAUGUGAAGGGCCUGGACAAUGCUGAGUUUGGCGAACUAAGGUGGUUCCAAGGAUGUCAUACCUAUGUACCUUUGUCUGAACGACAGCUUGUUGCCGCCCCUGUCAUUCUUGGACAAUCCAGAGUGGUUCUCAUUGACCUGGAGUCUAAAUCUUGGAAUGACAUUGGCGACACUGGACGCUUAUCCGAAGUGAACCUGGACGCGGUAGCUCGACUAAGCAAUACUUCAGUUCUUGUCAUUGGAGCUGGUGACACUACUGGAAAGGCUCUGUAUCAAAUUGACGUUGAAGGCACAAGCCAAAUCAAGGAAUUACGAAGUUCCACAGACGACAGCUUUCCCGAAUCCUUUUGUUCCAAGCCCUUAUUGAAAUCUAUCCGAUCAAAGGGACUUCCCGAACGGGAACUGCAUGGCUUUCUCUGGCUGCCUCAUAACCCCGACUACCAGGCACCAGAAGGGCACCUUCCUCCUCUCAUUAUGAUCAGUCAUGGCGGCCCGACAUCAUACCUAGGUCCAGGCCUUAAACCGCGCGUUCAGUAUUUUACCUCGAGAGGUUAUGCGGUUCUGGCUUUCAACUACAACGGCUCGUGUGCUCAUGGAAAGGCAUACCGCAAUGCUCUCUGGGGAAACUGGGGGUUGGUGGAUUCAGACGAUGCUGCCGAGUUUGCAGAUAAUCUGACAGAGACUGGCCAAGUAAGGGCUGGGGGGGUUGGAAUAACCGGUGUCAGUGCAGGAGGAUACAACACCCUUCGAAGCUUAACCCGUCAUGCAAAGACAUUUGCUGGUGGAGUUUGUCUCUCGGGUGUAAGUGACAUCAAACGUCUGGAUGACUCGACGCACAAGCUGGAAUCCGACUAUACGGACCACUUGGUCUUGGCAACAGAUGUAGAUGGAAGCGAAAAGGACAAGAUAUGUCGCGAGAGAAGUCCCUUAUUUGAAGCCCACAAGAUCACGGCUCCACUGCUGCUUCUGCACGGUGGUGCGGACAAGAUCACGCCGCUGGACCAGGCUUUGGAGAUGGCUAGUGCUAUUGAAAAGGCAGGUGGCGAGGUUGAACUGAUAGUUGUGGACAGCGAAGGUCAUGGAUUUAGUCAGCCGAAGAAUGUGAAGCUCUGGCUGGAGGAGGAAGAGAAGUGGUGGAGAAAGACAUUGUUGAAGGGAUAA